GCUCAGAAGAAUCUUACAAAGAAGAAGAAGAAGGAAAAAGGAAUUAUCAUGCGAAAGUACUCAUGAUGGGCACCCAAGUGAAAGAUGUCAUCGUAAAACCAGACGCUCCCAACUCACUGCUGCUGGACAAACAUGCAGACUACAUCGCUGCCUACGGCUCCAAAAAGGACGACUAUGAAUAUACGCUGUCCGAGUACCUGAGGAUGAGCGGCAUCUACUGGGGUCUGACAGUGAUGGACCUGAUGGCGCAGCUGCCCCGGAUGAACCGGCAGGAGAUCAUAGACUUCAUCAAAGCCUGUCAGCAUGAAUGUGGAGGCGUCAGUGCUAGCAUCGGACACGACCCCCACCUGCUUUACACCCUCAGCGCCGUUCAGAUUCUGUGCUUGUACGACAGUGUGGAUGAGAUCGAUGUGGACAAAGUGGUGGAAUACAUUAAAGGACUACAGCAGGAAGACGGUUCAUUUGCAGGGGACAAAUGGGGAGAAAUAGAUACAAGAUUUUCCUUCUGUGCUGUCGCUACACUUGCAUUACUGGGCAAGAUGGACACAAUAAAUGUUGACAAAGCUGUAGAGUUCGUCUUGUCCUGUAUGAAUUUUGAUGGAGGUUUUGGCUGCAGACCGGGUUCAGAGUCUCAUGCUGGUCAGAUUUACUGUUGCACCGGUUUCCUGUCGCUCACUGGUCAGCUGCACCAGGUGAACGCUGACCUGCUGGGCUGGUGGCUCUGUGAGAGGCAGCUGCCGUCUGGAGGCCUCAAUGGACGACCAGAGAAGCUUCCAGAUGUUUGCUACUCGUGGUGGGUUUUGGCGUCGCUGAAAAUCAUCGGCAGGAUCCACUGGAUCGACAAGGCAAAGCUGCGGAUGUUUAUUCUGGCCUGUCAGGAUGAGGAGACAGGAGGUUUUGCUGACAGACCAGGAGACAUGGUUGAUCCUUUCCACACUCUGUUUGGAGUAGCAGGUCUCUCUCUUCUUGGAGACGAACAGAUAAAGCCGGUGAAUCCUGUUCUGUGCAUGCCUGAGGACGUCCUGCAGAGGGUCAACCUGCAGCCUGACCUCCUUAGCUAGCCCUGUGACAACCCCACGCAGUCACUGGCACAACACUGCUUUUCGUCAGCCACACAUAUAGUUCACUACUAAAGCUGGAUGUUGGGAGCAGAGAGAGGACCACCACACAUGUGUUAGUGUUAGCUGACAGACAUAUUGCUCUCCGUUCAUUAAGGAAACUUAGAGUCCCAUUGUUCUGAUUCCUCUGAGCCUCCUCUUGUUUAAACCUUCAACCGAGCCCUUUGUCACAAAGGCGUCCUUGUUGGUUUUACUAGAAAACAAUAGUUUAGAAGGAAGAGAUGUUUCAUCAUUGCAAAAGCUUAGAAAUCAUUAAACAACUUCUCUCAACUUUUGGGAAAAAAUGCAACUGUGCAGAAAAAUAUUGUGUUAAUUAUUUAACUGAGGUUUAUCUUUCUCUCACUUAUUACCUUUUAGUUUUCAACUAGGAAAGGAGGUUAUCACUGUUAUGAAUUAUAAGCCAGAGAUGGAGACAGAGGAACAGAUUGUCUCUUCAUUCCCUUAGUGACAGGGAAAGGAAUAUUCUGUUUAACUCAACAGAAGAACAAUGACACACAUGCAUGAUCACAUUUUCCGGCCUAAGACACUUGAGGGUUUGACAGUCAUAUGGCUAUAAGACACCAUCUCUUUGUCGUUUUAAAUCAAAAGUACUUUCAUAUUUUGACGGUAAAAGUAGACGUUACACGAGACAAGUUGUUAGAACUGGAUUCUAACAGGCCUCACAAAUGGAGAUGCAGUGCAGAACUUAUUUUAAAUCAAGCUUGAAUACUUCACACAGGUAAUGAAGUCAGUUUGAAGUACAAAGAAACUAUUUGUUGGGGCCUGAAUUAGAGGUAGGAGCAGACAAAGGAUGCAAUGUUUCUUGCAUGAAAUGCAGAGACACACAGGAACACAUAGCAGCAUUUCCGUCUGGUGCGAUGAAUAUUUUACUCCUUAUGCACAAUCUCAGCUCCACUAACGUAUCCAUGUUAGUCAGUCCAGUGUUGUGAUGUAGCUGUGGGCAGAGGGGUUUGGUCUGCCCCUCUACUGAGUGUCAAAUAAUGAAACCUUUCCAGUCUUAAAUGUCCGACCAGUUUUGUAAAGUCUUUUUUUUUCUGUCAGAACUAACUGCUGAAUUCAACUUUUAUCUUUCCUUAGCUGACUUUUCAGUGCUCACAUUGUUGCCGAAGAGGAAUUUAUAAAUCACAUGUUGAAUCUAUGAGCUCUCAAUUUGUACAAAGGUUCAGCGGUAGAUAACUGAGAAAUUCAUUAAUUCACCUUUUUUAAUGUCAAAUGAAGGCAGUCAUCACUUCUAGCUCAAAGCCUGUAUUGUGAUCAAAGAGCUCAAGCUGCUUUAAGUUGGUCAACUUGUAACAUUAAAAGGUCUUGUCUUUGUGUUUUGGGAGCAGCUCUAUUCCAGAAAGAUACCCAAUGUUGCAAACCUGUUGGUGUAUAAAAAUGUAACUUAUUUGUUUUUUUGCCUGGCAAUAAAUGUUUCUCUUCUACUGUCAA